AUGUCUUCCUCCGGUCUCGAUCCCAAGGGUCCCUCGCAGCCCAACCUGGACGCAGCAUACACGACUGCCGGCAACCCUGCCACAAAAGAGCCCGCAGAGCAGGCCCAAGCAAACCAACAAGAUGACUCUUCCCCAAUCGACAAGCGCAUCCCCUCCGAGCAAGCACACUCUCAGUCCGAAGCCACCCCGACCUCAGUAGCUCGCGGUAUCCGAGGUGCACCCGCUGGCGAAGAGGCUAAGGGCGAGACACAUGAAUCCGUCGGCAGACACAACGAACUCGAUGGUCAACAAAUGGCCGCUCCUGGCGAAGGAAAGGUCGCAGAUAUCGUCGAGAAGAAGCCCGGGGCCACCGGAGCAGCCCCUGACCUGGCGUCUGACUUGGAUCGCAAGAAGGAGGAGCAGAAGGAGGCCAGAGACGAGAUCAAGGCACAGAAGAAGGAGGAAGUCGAUGUCGCCGGUGUACUCGGCCAAAGAGGUGGUCCUGCUAACCCCGUCGACAAGGGCGGUUACCCGAAUUCCGAUUACAAGUAA